GGAGGAAUAAGCUACCGCGUGAAAUUCGUAUGCACCAGCUUGUCGAUCAAUAUAGGGACAGCGAGAAUGACGACGGACACCAGCAUCUGGCCGAACUCCGGGGAUAUAGACUGAUGAUGCACAAUGACCGUUAUCGACUGUAUCUGGAGUACUAUGAUUAUGGCGAUAUGUAUCAUAUCGUGCAAAAUCUCCUCCAGCAUGACGACGAGGAUGCAGAGCCAGGCCCUCACCUCGAAACUCGGGAUUCUGAUGGUGGCAGAGUCAUACCGGAAAACUUCCUAUGGUAUUUUCUCCAUGGAAUUGUCGAAGGUUGUCUGGUCUUGCAGAAGGGUAAAGGAAACCGAAAGGGCAAGGUCACGGGGUGGAGACCCAUCCAGCAUGCCGACCUUACCGUAAUGAAUGUAUUCCUCCAGCCGGCUGAAGACGAGAAAAAGUGGCCAAUACCAGUCGUGGGUGACUUUGGGUUGGCGUUCUAUACACAGUCCCGCAACCCCGCCGGAGACAAUCCAAAGCAUUAUGGCUUCGAUACACAAAUGCCCAGAUACCCGCCCGAGAUGCAGCCUCGGCAGUGGUCCCUGCAAAACCCGUAUCAAAUUGACCAAAAAGCCGACGUCUGGAUGAUUGGUGUCAUUCUGUGGGUACUAAUCACGAGACGACAUUCCGAGGAGGGACCCCUUUGGGACAAUGGUGGUAUACGUAGUAGUUUGCACACCAUGCCCCCGGCUGGGAAUACGGGUGUGCUUGAGCCUACGAACAACAUAUACGAUUCCUCUAUCGGCAUCUAUCGGCCUCGUUUGCUUGCACUUGUGAGGCAGUGCCUGUCAUACUACCCUUGGGAUCGACCAACCCUGAAGGAGAUCAAGGAAGAGAUCGAGGAACAUUGGAGCGACUUUCCGGACGAAAAGAAUGACAUGAGGAGCAUGAGGUUCAUGGCGCGGAGUGAGUUUCACAAGUAUAGAUUGCACCCGGAUUAUCGCCGUUCGAACAAGCCAAAGUAGCGGAUGGAAACCAAGUAGAGCUGUGUAUAUACAGGGGACGUUGGAAACCAUCAAUCAGUGAUGGAUAUCAAGAUUUCGUCAUGACCGAUUCCAGCGAAUUGAAGCGUACUCU